AUGCCCUCCCUUUUCGAAGACGGACCCGAGUAUAAGGCUCGCCUCUCCAAACCGUAUGAGCUGCCUGCGGUGACACUCAAGGACAUACAUAAUGCGGUCCCAAAACACCUCCACAAGAAAAAUACAUUAAAGGGCGUCCGCUACGCAUUGCGAGAUGCUUUCUUUUGCUAUUCACUCUAUCAGCUAGCCAAGUUCAUCGAUCCUUCUAUUACCUACCUCUCCACUAGCACUCGCUUUCAUCCCUUUACGCUUUCCUUACUUAAAUGGACACUAUGGUCCACCUAUUGGUUUUUCCAAUCGCUACUCAUCAACCAUACCAUUGGCUACAUUGCGCACACUUUCAUCCUCGCACCCUACUGGGCAUGGAGGCAUUCUCACCACCUACAUCACAAGACAACAGGCUCGAUGGAACGUGAUGAGAAUUACGUACCGAAGACAAGGUCUGAGCUGAAAAUGGCAUCUGGGGAUAUGAUGAAGAGAGCAGAUUACGAAGAAAUCUUCGGAGAGACCCCGAUUUGGACUUUGGGUCGAAUGCUGGUCAUGCAGUUGAUGGGAUGGCAGUUGUACCUUACAUACAACACCCUCGGCUCACCGAUGUAUCCUCCAGGAACAAAUCACUGGUCCCCUUCUUCAGCGCUCUUCAAAAAAUCAGACCGCGUCCCAAUCCUCUUCACUAACACGCUCCUUUUCACAUGGAUCUCCAUUUUGGGUCUCUGGACGUACAACACAUCCAUUUCCACUUUCGUAAAAUACUACUUCAUCCCUUACCUCUUCACCAAUCACUGGAUCGUCAUGUUCACUUUCCUCCAUCAUACCGAUCCUACGAUGCCUCACUUCCGCAAAGACACUUGGACAUUCCUUCGUGGCGCAGUUACAACCGUUGAUCGCCCCUUGCUUGGCUGGAUGGGCCGUUUCUUCCUCCAUAACAUCUCCCACGACCACGUGGCUCACCACUUCUUCAGCGGGAUUCCGUUUUGGAAUGGUCCUGAAUUAAGCGAACAUGUCCGUAAGGCGAUGGGAAGUGACUACAAUGGGGACAGUACGAAUACGUUUAGGGCCUUGUACAGGAGCUUCACCCAGUGCGAGUUUGUGGAGGAUGACGGGGACAUUAUUAUGUGGAAGAACAAGAAAGGAGAGGCUGCGAGGAAAAUUGCUGGUACAAUAGAGGUGCCUUUGAGUGGUGACCAGUCCGCUGAGGCUGAUCGGUCACAGUAGGCGGGAUCCCCUCCACAACUAGAAUAUCCUGUAUAAUAAUCUUGUUUUAUCCCCCAUCUAACAUAUGCCGUGUGGGUUGGAUCGAGACGGUUAUCUAUCAACUUUUGGUCCGCCACUCGCAUGACGGCUUGCGAAGGCAUAAGGAU